AUCACUCGAACUUUCUCUCUAGAGCUCCCUAUUUCUACAAUUUGCAGAGGUGUUCGAAUCAUUGAGGACAUAGUCAGGUUUCCUUCCUUCGAGUGGCUUGAGCUUGAGCUCAAUGUUGGACCUUGUUGAGAUUUGAGAUCUGUAAGCUUGCAAAAACCAAGUUGAUUAUAGUUUCACACUCCUAGUCUGGCGCAAAGACUUACUGAAUCGGAGUGUAUCUUUCUCGUUGAGUCAGUUUCGAAUCCACCGAAUCCUGUUGUGCUCAUGUACCGCAACUGGUGUCACAAGAUUCAGCAACUGUUCGGCAGGACUGGAUUCGAGGAAGAGUAAGAUUUGAUGACGAUAAUCAAGCCACACUCGGUGCUAGAUGCUGCUAAGGUAGCGUCCUGUUUGCGUGAGACUUUCCGAACCGGACGUACCAGACCGUCGAAUUGGAGACUGGAGCAACUCCAUGCAAUCGUAAAACUCAUCGAGGAGAACGAAGAUGAAAUUUGCCGGGCCCUUUUUGCCGAUUUACACAAGCCAAGGCACGAAGCCUUAACGAUGGAGAGCCUUGUCGUCACAGCAUCUGCCAAGCAUGCGAUCAAGAAUCUGAACAAGUGGAGAGCUCCUGUGAAGAAAGAAACUCCCUAUAUCGUUUGGCCAGCGUCUGCUUUCAUACUACCAGAGCCUCUUGGAGUGGCAUUCGUCAUCGCUCCAUGGAAUUUUCCUUUCCUCUUGGCGGUAGAUCCCGUAAUUGGAGCAAUUGCAGCCGGUUGUACAGUUUGCCUCAAGACGUCGGAGGUCACACCAGCCACCUCUGAACUACUGAGCACGUUGGUCCCGAAGUAUCUCGACAAUGAUGCCAUUAAGGUGGUGGAAGGCGGAGUGCCUGAGGUUACGGCGCUACUGGAACAGAAAUGGGACAAGAUUUUCUACACCGGAAAUCCGAAGGUGGGGAGAAUCGUCAUGGGAGCAGCUGCCAAACAUUUAACCCCAGUGACUCUCGAGCUUGGAGGUAAGUGUCCCGUCUUCAUCGACGACACAGUUGAUCUGCAGCUGGCAUCAAGGCGGAUUAUGGCAGGGAAGUAUGGAAGUAAUAGUGGCCAAGCAUGCAUUUCUCCAGAUUAUAUUCUGGUUGAAGAACAUCUUGCACCUAAACUGAUCAAGCAGUUCCGAAGUACAUUGGUGGAGUUCUUCGGAGAAGAUCCACGCACCUCCAAGGAUUUGUCACGCAUUGUGAACAAGAACCACUUCCAACGAUUGUCACGACUCUUGGACGAUCCUGCCACAGCCGACAGGAUCGUGCAUGGGGGAGAACGAGACGAGGAUUCGUUAUACAUUGCUCCAACCUUGAUAGAAGAUCCUGCGCUGGACUCCCCCAUCAUGGCUGAUGAAAUCUUUGGCCCCUUGCUGCCAAUCAUCACAGUAAGAAAUGUCAACGCCGCCAUUGAUUUGAUCAACGAUAAGCCGAAGGCAUUGGUAGUUCAUUUGUUCUCCACCAACAAGGAUUAUGUCAAGAUGUUCACUGAAGAAACAUCUAGUGGCGGAUUGGUGAUGAACGACUGCAUCAUGCAAUUCAUCGUCCCUGAGUUGCCCUUCGGCGGAGUGGGAGAGAGUGGCACAGGUGCAUACCACGGCAAGGCCUCGUUUGACACAUUCAGCCACUUCAAGAGUAUCUUCAACAAGAGCCAGUCAGGUGAUGCUCCCAUACGAUAUCCUCCCUUUACACUUUGGAAGCAGGCCAUGUUAAGGGCGUUUCUUGAAGGAAGAUUUUUUAAACUCAUCCAACUUUUACUGGGCUUGCAAAAGUAGAAGCUGUGGUUUCAUUGGCCGAUUCCAGACCUCGAUGCGAGAGCUUUCAAUAAACAUAUGCCACCUCAAGGGCAAGGCAGAUUCUACCUCAAUACGAGACUAUUCAAUGCCUCCGAGGCUCUAAUAUCAUUUUCAAUUUUCUCUACAAAAACGGCAGUUUAGUGUGUGCAGGCAGAUUUGCGAAACUGCGACCAUACGGAGUCUGCGUACUUUAAAACCUGGAGUCUAGCCAUCGUAAUAGCCCUACCACUUAAGAUUUCUAGCAGUAGGUUAAUAUCAGUUUCUGAGAAAAUUGUACAAAACCACAAAAAAUUGACAUCGAAAUAAGCCUGUAUUUUCACCA